AUGGCCUACCUAGCGCCCAUCCAUCGGCCGAACAGCGUUCGCCAUGCUGUUCGUGCUCAGCUCUUUCCAGGUGAGGGCGAUUGCCUGGUCAUGGCAAAGGCAAACCGCCUAGAGUUUUGGAAGCUCAAUGACGAACGCAACAUGUUGGUUCAAUUCGACACAAAGGUUGUCUUUGGCGCAAUCUCUAUCCUGCAAAAGAUCAGCCCAAAGGAUGCCGACCUGGACCUUUUGUUUGUCGGCACAGAUCGGUUUCAGUACUUCACCUUGGGCUGGAACCCAGACACCGAGUCACUCGACACCAUUAGUUCUUUCCACGACAUGCACGAGCGGCACAUGCGCGACUCACAGAGUCAAGACAAGUGUAUCACGGAUCCAACAGGCCAAUACAUGGUGGUUCUCGUCUGGGAGGGUGUACUCAACAUUCUCCGUUUGGGCAACAGGAAGAAUUCGAGGACUGAGGUCCAGUGGCAGGAUCAAUGUCGCAUCACCGAGCUCUUCAUCAAGUCGGCCACCUUCCUACAUGUCGAGACCGGAAAGCCCAAGGUAGCCUUUCUCUACCAGACCCGCACAGAUAUUCCUGAUGCUCAACUGGUCACUUACAACCUAUACUCUGAUGAGAAGAAUACCCAGGCCUCACGCUUUGAGGCGAGAGACCAAGUGGACAAGUUUGCCAUGCAGGAUCCUGGUGCUGCAAUGCUCAUUCCUGUAGGCCGCGGAGAACAAGAUCAUAAGCGGUACAUCAUUCGUAAUGCUGCCCAAGCACGGGCUCAACUCGGCGGUUUCAUUGUCGUUGGCGAAACAAGACUCCUAUACUAUGACGACGCAGCAAAGAAGACUGUCGAAGCCGCUCUUUCCGAAGCCUCCAUCUUCGUUGCAUGGGCCGAGUAUGACGUCUCUCACUAUUUUGUUGCUGACGACUAUGGCACCAUGUGGCUGCUCGAGAUUGUGCUUGACGGAGGCGCCGUCGUCGAAUUGAAGAUGAAAAAGAUUGGAACUACAUCCCGAGCCAAUGUUCUUAUCUACAUGGGAAGCGAUAUUCUGUUUGUGGGGUCGCAUUAUGGUGAUUCGCAGGUCUUCAAGGUCGACACACAGAGCUGGACACUCCAUCAAAUCCAAGUGUUACCCAAUAUAAGCCCUGUGUUGGACUUUACCGUCAUGGACAUGGGUAAUAGAGAUGGUGAAGACCAGAACACGAACGAGUAUUCCUCUGGGCAAGCUAGAAUCGUCACGGGCAGUGGCGUCUACAAGGAUGGCAGUCUACGCAGUGUUCGCAGUGGGGUCGGCUUGGAGGAUAUCGGCAUUUUAGCUCAGAUGGAAGCUAUUCAAGCAGUCUUUCCCCUCCGAUCACAACCUUCCGCCAAGGUUGACACCCUAUUAGUGUCCUCGCUUUUAGAAACCAGAGUGUUUAUCUUUGAGCCGAGUGGUGAGAUCGAAGAGGUUGAUUCUUUCAAGGGCUUGUCUCUGGGCGAACAGACUCUUGUAGUAUUGAACCUUGCGAACAACCGCCUUUUGCAGGUGACCUCGACAGCUGUCCACCUACUUGACCUUGAGGACAACGUCGUUGUUUCAACUUGGCAACCCCAAGGCGGCGACAAGAUUACCGCUGCCUCUGCCAACGAGAAUUGGGUAUUGCUCUCUAUAGAAGGCAAGAAUCUUGUGUCUCUCGGUAUACAGCAUGAGCUGGUCCUCGGUCAACAUAACGAACCGGCAGAUGAGGACCAGAUUGCCUGCAUACACCUUCCUCCUCAGUAUCCGCAUCUUGGUGUGGUGGGAUUCUGGAAGUCUGGCAAGGUAUCGAUUGUUGACAUGGUGUCUCUUCAACCGCUUCAUAGCGAGUCGUCACGACGCAAUGAUGAUACUACGUCGAUCCCCCGAGAUUUGGCCAUGGGUCAAAUUGUACCGCCUGCAUUGGGCGGUCCGACCUUGUUCGUUGCUAUGGAGGACGGUUUGGUCAUCACCUUUAAUGUCUCUCCGACAGACUUUUCUCUGUCCUCCCGCAGGAGUAGCGUCCUUGGAACCCAACAUGCAAGAUUGCAGCUGCUACUUCUCGAAGAUGGUAUUUGCAACGUUUUCGCUACUAGUGAACAUCCCAGCUUGAUCUAUGCUAGUGAUGGUCGAAUUAUAUACUCCGCGGUGACAGCUGAGGACGCCAUCUGUGUCUGCUCAUUUGAUUCAGAGGCUUUCCCGGAUUCAAUCGUGGUGGCAACCCAAAAUGAGCUUAGGAUCUCUGUUCUCGACCGCGAACGCCGAACACAUGUCCAGAGCCUACCCGUCGGCAAGACGGUCAGGAGAAUUGCUUAUUCACGCAAUGAGCGAGUUUUUGCUCUGGGCUGCAUCAGCAGAGAGGUGAUCAAUAAUGAAGAGAUUGUCGAGAGUUCAAUUAGACUUGUCGACGAGGUCAUAUUUGAUAAAGUUGGUCAGGACUUUAUCCUAAACACUUCAUCCGGCCUGGAAAUGGUUGAAGCCGUCAUCCGAGCUGAGCUUCCUGAUUCGUAUGGUAAUCGCGCAGAAAGAUUUAUUGUUGGAACCAGUUUUCCGACAGAUGCGCAGGUCGGUGCCAGUUCUCGAGAUAAUAUUAAAGGCCGAAUCUUGAUCUUCGGAAUCGAUAGUGAGCGCAACCUCUAUCAGAUCUCCUCGCGCAACCUCAAGGGCGCAUGCCGAUGCCUCGGCACCAUUGGCGACCAUGUCGUAGCCGGAUUGGCCAAGACAAUUGUAGUCUACCGCUAUAACGAGUCCACGUCCUCAACUGCCCAGUUGGACCGUGUGGCUUCGUACCGCCCUUCCACUUACCCCGUCGAUAUUGCUAUCGAAGGAAACAUCAUUGCAGUGGCUGACCUCAUGAAGUCGGUUACGCUUAUUGAGUUUGCGCCCGAGGCUGGAGAGCUCAAGGAGAUUGCCAGACACCAUCAUGCAGCUUGGGCCACCGCAGUCAGUCAUGUCGAGGGGAAUUCGUGGCUCGAGGCAGAUGCUAAUGGCAACCUGAUGAUACUGAGUCCGAACGCUCAAGGUGCAACUGACGAAGACAAGAAGCGUAUGGACAUAACGAGUGAGAUGAACCUUGGGGAGAUGGUCAACAGAAUUCAAAAGGUCAAGGUCGCAUCGAGCGACACUGCAAUUGUCGUUCCUCGGGCCUUCCUGGCUACGGUUGAGGGCGGAGUCUACUUUUUCGGCACCAUCUCGCCGCAAUACCAGGAUUUAUUGAUCCGAUUCCAGACCAGUCUUGUCCGAACCAUCACAUCAGUCGGCGACAUCAACUUUGACCCUUACCGUUCGUUCCGUAACGAGCAGCGUGAAGGCGCCGGGCCUUUCCGCUUUAUCGACGGUGAGCUCAUUGAGCGUUUCACGGACCUCGAAGAUCAAGUACAAGAGGAAAUCUGCAAGGGUUUGGGUCCCGACGUUGAAACAAUGAGAAAUCUUGUUGAAGAUUUGAAGAGGUUGCAUUAG